AUGGAGCUAAGAACUAAAGUAAUUAAAAGGGUGGUUCAACAAGGUGUUAUUUUAUCUAGUGAGCAAGCUAACUCCCUUCUCUUGCCUUAUAGUAAAGAGGAAGUGCAGAAAGCUAUUUGGGAGAUUCUUGGCUCAAAGGCCCCGGGCCCGGAUGGGAAAAUUUUAAAGGAACUAAAUAGUACCAUUCUGACCUUAAUACUGAAAGGUGGCUGUCCUAAAUAUGUGAGUGAUUUUCGGCCUAUUGCUUGCUGCAAUGUUCUGUAUAAGGUGGCUACAAAGAUGAUUUGUUCUAGAUUGAGCUCUAUUUUACCUGUGAUUAUUGCUCAGAAUCAAGGUGGUUUUGUUAAAGGGAGGUCUAUUGCGCAUUAUAUUAUGAUAUGUCAAGAUCUUGAUUGCCACUAUGGGAGAAAGAAUGGUAAGCCGAAAUGUAUGAAAAAGUUAGAUUUGAGGAAAGCUUAUGACACGAUUGAAUGA